GCUCCUCAAUUAUCCUUCCACAACUGCGUGUGGGCUUUGUGAUGAUAUCUGCGUCCAUACGUGCGUGCGCGCGCGUGCCAGGGGGUGGGGAGAACCCAUCAAUGAGCUGGCUACCAUGGUUUUUCAGCCCAGCAUGAUAUAAGACCUUCUACUCCACCUACGUUUCACUUUCUGAUUGGCGUUCCGCAGGUAUCCAGCUAUUAUUUAUUGCCCCCCAAAGGGUAGACCCCCCCCAUUUAUCCGGAGCAGCUUUCACUGCACUCUGCGCUUGAGCACGCAACUCAGCAACUUCUCGCCACACACCAGGUGUUGCUGGGAAAAUGAGAAGGGUUUUUUUACUGGUGUCUCUGCUCCUCCUCGUCAAACUUCGUUGCAGUCAGUCCAGAUGCGAGGAGCCCGAGUCACGCAAAACAACUUCACUUCACCAAACCCUUGGUUUAAAUUACCCCAAACCGAACCUCAUUAAGAGGUAUAGCGAUUGGGAUUAUGACAGUUUUGUGGGUCUGAUGGGCAGAAGAGAUGCUGCCGGUGAAAACACUGUGCAGCACCCACAAAAAAGGGAAAUGCAUGACAUAUUUGUUGGGCUAAUGGGAAGAAGAAACUCUGAGCCUGAUAACGGUGCCUGGAGGAGAACGCUACCUGAGAGGAGAAGGAUAUUUGUGAACAAGUGUAGGCUGAGGUUUCUCCAGGGGCUGUGACAGAACUGAAAGCAACAACAUCCACAUCAUGAAGGAGACGACUCACGGAGAACAUGAGUAGCGAUAUACUGUAAACCUGUCAAAUGGCCAAUGAAAAAACAUGCCUUCUACUUUAUUACUUGAUUCAAAGUUCCAAAUAAACGUACUUUUAUAUAAAAUGUAUUCUUUUACUGUGAUGACGAAUACUCAGUGACCAACUGUAUUUGUUCUCAUAAAAUUGCUCCACAAGGAUUCAUAUAAUGAUUUAUUAGUUUCGGGCUUAGGUGCUCUCAGAUGAAAAUAAACAGAGCCUCAUAGAGGAAAUAAUUUUUUUUUUUGUAAUGAAACAAUUAUUCUUCUCUUCUCCUGCCUUUGGAUUUUGGGGCAAAUGAACAAGAAACACAACAUUCAAGACAUUUUCAAGUAAAAAAAACAAAAAACAAAUCAUACUGAGUGACCUGACCUUUAGAAUUUGAAAAUCGUACUAAUUAUGUUACAUUGUACAUGUCACCUCAAUUUAAAGGAGGAUUCUUUAUAUUUUUGGUGUCCCCAUCAUGCAAUGCUCAUGAGAUGAAUUGAGGAGGACGUCCAACCGCUAUCCUUUACUCAUUUGUGCGUCACUGGUCACAUACUGCUUAUGACAAAUGAUGCGAAAUGACUUGUGGAAUUAAAAUGAAUGGAAUAUCACACAUGACAAAGAAAUCAGGCAUGCAAAGUGAUAGCGUGUGCCAUUAAUACGCCACUUUGUGUUACAGUAAGAUUGAAAUCUACAUACUGAUGUUGUCCAUCAUUGCUACGCAAAAUCCAAAUAAAGUUGCUGCUUCU